AUGGCUCCUUCAGAAGUUCUGUGGGAUCGGCUGAUCCGAUAUGUUUCUGCGACAGACGACCAUAUUCGCUAUGGCGAACCAAUUCUACAAGACUCGGAUCUGGAAAAGCUCGAUCAGUUAGUGGAAGAAGGUCAAUUGGAAGUCCGAGCGUUCGAAGGCAAUGAGCCCAUCACAGCGACCCCGACGACCAGAAUUGAAAAGGUAAAAACGCUUCUUGGCCCUCUGGAAGUGAAGAACACACCGAUAAUUCGAUGCAUUGGAUUGAACUAUAAAUCUCAUAUCUUGGAGAGUGGUCUUUCUCUGCCCGUCAACCCGACAACUUUUAUCAAACCCAGCUAUACCGUCGCAAACCAUGGAGAGGAUAUCCAAGUACCGAGAUGGGCUGCGAGCAUGCUUGAUUACGAAGGCGAGCUGGCUAUUCUCAUUGGAAAUGAUGUCAAGAAUGCCUCCGAGGAAGACGCACUCGAUUAUGUGGCCGGAUACACCGCCGGAAAUGAUGUCAGUGCUCGCGACUGGCAGACGCAGCCAGAUCUUGCGGGGCCAAUGCCACAGUGGGGGUUUUCGAAAUCUCUGGACCAGUUUGCUCCCCUAGGACCUGUUCUCGUCGCGCGCCAUGUCCUUGGAGAGGCCAAUGAUCUGAGCCUACGAACAUUCGUCAACGGAGAACUCAGGCAACAGGGCAAUACUUCCGACCUUUGCUUCCAUGUGAGACGGAUAGUGUCUUUUUGCAGCAGGGGAACCACGUUGCAGAAGGGUAGUAUUAUCCUGACGGGCACCCCGGGUGGUGUAGGCUUUUCCAUGAGCCCUCCAAACUUCCUCAAACAUGGCGACGAGGUGGUAGUGGACAUUGGGAGAAUUGGAAAACUAAGGAAUCGUUAUGUAUUUGUUGAUGAAUAG